UCUACCGCUUCGGCUGCAGGCCUGAAGCAGGUUUGCUGUCCCGCAACUGCCAUGGAGACGGUGCUGAAGCGGGAGCUGGGCUACAGCUCGGUCAAAGCUACGGGUCACUCGGGAGGCGGGUGCAUUAGCCAGGGCCAGAGUUACGACACGGACAGAGGACGAGUGUUUGUGAAAGUGAACUCCAAGGCGGAGGCUAAGAGAAUGUUUGAAGGUGAGAUGGCCAGUUUGACGGCCAUCAUGAAGACAGACACAGUGAAAGUCCCCAAGCCUAUCAAGGUCCUGGAUGCCCCAGGAGGCGGGAGUAUGCUGGUGAUGGAGCAUUUGGACAUGCGGUACCUGAGCAGUCAUGCUGCCAAGCUUGGGUCCCAGCUUGCAGAUCUGCACCUUGAGAACAAGAAGCUUGGAGAGGGGCUCCUGAAGGAGGCUGGCACCGUGGGGAAAGGAAGUGGACAGGCAGAGCGGCCCUUUGUGGACCAGUUUGGAUUUGAUGUAGUGACAUGCUGUGGGUACCUCCCCCAGGUAAAUGACUGGCAGAAAGACUGGGUCACAUUCUAUGCCAGGCAGCGCAUUCAGCCCCAGAUGGACAUGGUGGAGAAGAGGUCUGGUGACCGGGAAGCUCUUGAGCUGUGGUCUGCUCUGCAGUUGAAGAUUCCUGACCUGUUUCGUGACCUGGAGAUUGUGCCCUCCUUACUUCACGGAGACCUCUGGGGAGGGAACGUAGCAGAAGAUUCCUCUGGGCCCAUCAUUUUUGAUCCAGCUUCCUUCUAUGGCCACUCAGAAUAUGAGCUGGCAAUCGCUGGCAUGUUCGGGGGCUUCAGCAGCUCCUUUUACUCUGCCUAUCACAGCAAAAUCCCCAAAGCCCUGGGAUUUGACAAGCGCUUGCAGCUGUAUCAGCUCUUUCACUACCUGAACCACUGGAAUCAUUUCGGAUCUGGAUACAGAGGAUCCUCUCUCAACAUAAUGAGGAAUCUCAGCAAAUGAACUGGCCAGAGGGCAGUCUCUUCUGAGUGUGCUGGGUCUCCUAACAAGAUGAUUCUGUGUGCAGAUCAAGUCUUACAUCACAAGCGUCACUGCCCUGAGGGAAAUGCCUCGGAGUCAGGUGACCAGAUUCCAGCUAUUCCAAGGAGUUCACGAUUCCCCACCGUCUUUUCCUCACGGGAUUCUUCCCACUUACUCCAUGGCUGCACUUGCUUAAGAUACCUUGACGUCUUAAUUCUUAGCUUUGUAGAGCAUGGGUUAUUUCAGAGGAAUGGUUAUAUAAUCCUGAAGUUGCGUACAUUGUGAGACUUCCUGGCUAGGUCAGGCCUCAGUGGUGAUUUGAGCAGAGACUUAGGAAGUUUAGGUACAGGGCACCACACCUUGCUGCAAAGGAAAGAACUGUGAGGACCGUGUUGGUGUGGCCAAGGUGCCUACCUCCCGUCGCUUCCUUGUGCGUUUGGAACAUUUCUGAGCUCUUCACAGUGAUGCUUUGUGAUGGUCAGGCUUGAUCUAGACAUGGAGUCCUCUUGUCAGGAGAUCUGAGUAAUGACCAACUCUGAAAUCAGUGAUAUUCCCUCUGCUUGUGUAGCGCUUCUGAACCCUGCCACAAACUGAGCUAUCAACCUUAGGGUAACUCAGCUCAGUUUAGGAGCCUGGAAAAACGUUAGUCAGCUUUGUGUGUUCUCCUCCUGCUCCUCCUCCUCCUCCCCCUCCUUCUUCCCCUUCUUCCUCUUCCUCCUCUUCCCCUUCCUCCCCUUUCUCUUCCUCCCCUUCCUCCUUCUCUUUUUCUUCUCCUCCUCCUGCCUUUUGUUUUUCAAGACAGGGUUUCUCUGUGUAGAUCAGGCUGUCCUGGAACUCACUCUGUAGAUCAGGCUGGCCUCAAACUCAGAGAUCCACCUGCCUCGGCCUCCAGAGUGCUGGGGUUAAAGAUGUGCACCACCACUGCCUUGCCUUGCGCUGCUACAGAGAUUUACAUUGGUAUGGAUCUUGGUUUAUUGAUACAAAUUUUAGGUCAGUUUUGUUAUAUGUAUAUGGGCCAAGCAGUGAUUCAAUUAAUACAGUUUCUGUGUGAUUAUUUUGGUUCUGGGCAGCCAGGAAGAACAAACGGCUCCUUGCAACAUUGUGCUGUUUUCUAAAACUGUCAUUUCCUUGCAACAUAUGAACAUUUGUGUCAUUAUUUUUUGUCUUUCAACAUUGUAGAAAUGGGAAAUUUCAUGGUUGAAAUUGAUGCUGAUAAAUCUUUUUGCCUAAAAAUUUGAAUAAAAUUGCAGUUGUUUCA